GAACCGCCAGCGUGGGCAAAAGAACUGUUUUGUCAACAACGACAAAACGCGGACGAGUUGAAAAAGUUGAAAUCGCAGAUUACGAAAAAAUCAAACGAAGGUUCUCCGACAGCAGCAAAGGACGCCGGAUAUAAAAAGCAAUACGACAUCAAUCAAUCAGUCAUUCAAAGAAUGGAUUGCGCGCUGGCCUCGGAUGACCUGGAUGGAUCGGAGUGUCAAUAG